AGUGUGUUAGGUGAGACAAUUCAGUUGAAGUACAGUUUGGACCAAAUUUGUAACCAGGUUACAAAACAAUCAACUGAAAGUUGUGGAAUUUUAUCGCACCAGCCAGACAUUACAAUGACGAACGAAAAAGCGACAGCCGAACAUCACGUUCAUUUCGAUCAAACGACGCUGAAAGACGAGGAUUUUGAGGCAGACAACACUUGCGUGACAUAUCAACAAGUUGGGGAAAAUAUUGUGGACGUGCAUUUGGGAUUCUUACAACACAAUCAUCGCUAUUUGAUUGAAUUGCACUUGCCGGCCGAUUUAUUUAAAUGUCAACCAAAUGUUCCGAUCAAUUUGGUUGCCGAUAAUAAUAUAGCACCGAACGUGCAUUGUAAACUGGCUGAUAAAGUGACCGAACUAGUUAACGAAACGACCGAAAAACAAAACGAAAAAUUCUUUGUUAUAAAAGUGGAAUAUUUUGCUCAUAAAGAAAAACUGCUUCGCGAAGAGUUGAAACUGGUGAAUGCAAACAACUUGGUAGAGCUGAUCAAAUUGAUAGUAACGGCACGUGUACUUGGGAAGGGCAAAGGAACACCAAUGCUACGUAAUGGAAUCCAUUGCCUGGGCUGCGAAUCGGAUGAUGAAACAUCGAAAACAGACCAUCAACCGUUCUCGGGAGCUGCAGGCACAUCCAAAUAAUUGCACUAAAUACAUUUUCAUCAUAAAAUUCACAUCUACUUAGAGAGAAUACAAGUUUUCUUCUGUAUUAUACGGGUCUUGCAUAUGAAUCGAUAGUGAACAGUUCUUAAUUAACGUCUAUUAAAUUCUGCGAGAUCAGCACAUAACAAAAUAAUAAUUAUAGUAGUGUAAACGAACAAAACAAGAGAGGGAGCAACUUGAUUAAAAUGAAUAAAUAAAAUUUUAAAAUCGAUUCAAAUCAAAUGAAUAUCGACAGAACAUCAAUUUAAUUUAAAUUUACUCAUGUGAGAGGAAGCAAAAAAAAAUUCAAAUAGUUUGUUCAUGACUACAAUUAAUAGAAAACAAUAAUGUUUCGAAUGUCAACCAUGUGCGAUUCGUUCUUAUUAAAAUUACACAUUUAUGAAUAUUAACAAUCUCACUGUCAAUGCAAACAAUUUGUGGGCAUUUCUUUCAAUUCAAACAAAAUAAAUUCACAUUAAAUUUGAUCAUGAUUUAA